AAUGAAUCAGUGACAUCCGAAGGAUUUACGCUGCCUCCACCACAGCUCGCACAAAAGACGCAUGCGCAUUGACAAAAAACAGCCGGUCUUUAAAAAAAAUCCUUAUGCCAGCGGAUGUAAUCAAGGCAAAGAAUAUAUCUUAUCUCUGGGCAUACAUGGUGAAAUUCCCAUGGGAUCAGAGCGGAUGGAGAUGCGAAAGAGGCAGAUGUCGGUGCAGCAGGAGUCGGUGGCGGAGACCACAGCACCGGCGCAGAACGAGCAUCCCGGCCAGGGGAACCGCGGUUCUAACGCCUGCUGCUUCUGCUGGUGCUGCUGCUGUAGCUGCUCUUGUCUCACUGUUAGGAAUGACGACAGAGAAGAGAGGAACCGGAGAGCAUCGUAUGAUCUUAAAACAGAAGGGAAUGGAGACUUGGAUGAGAGUCCAAAACCCACUGCGGAGGAGGCGUGCUCAUGGGGGCAAUCCUUCGACAAACUGAUGCACUGCCCUGCAGGAAGAAGUGCUUUCCGGCAGUUUCUGCGCACUGAGUUCAGUGAGGAAAACAUGCUCUUUUGGUUGGCUUGUGAGGAAUUCAGUAAGGAAACCAAUAAGAGCCUCAUCGAGGAAAAGGCUCGGGUUAUAUACGAAGAUUACAUCUCUAUUCUCUCACCCAAAGAGGUGAGCCUCGACUCUAGAGUUCGGGAGGUUAUAAAUAGGAACAUGCUGGAGCCAACAUCGCACACGUUCGAUGACGCUCAGCUUCAGAUAUACACGUUAAUGCAAAGAGACUCAUAUCCUCGAUUCAUGAACUCCCAAGUCUACAAAAACCUGCUUAACACAGUGUCCGAGCAGCCGCAGGAAUCUUAGACACCUGUGAUCCUGGUCCCUUAUUUUUAGUUUGUUACCUUUCCUUGCGUAGAAUAUAUUUCAAAGGGCCCGAUAUGGGUCCUCCCAGGGAUUUUACUGCUACAGCGAUCUGUACCUGAAAAAGACACUCAGGUCUCCAGGUCACUGGAUUUAAAAGAAAAAAUAUCUCAAAUCUCCUGAGGGCUCAACACCACAAGUACUGCUACAGAUCAGCAUAGCCAGACGCUCCAAAGGAUUAUCAGUGUGUUUUGAUGUUUUUGAGAAAAAAAUGAUCUAUUUUAUUUGUGUUAUAAGUUUUUUUAUUGUUUUUAUUUUCAUUUUUGUAUCAAUGUUCGAAGGAAGAUGUGAUACCAAUUGUGGGCUUUACACAGUAUAUACAAUAGAUAUAUUUAUGAAUUUCUAUAACAUUUCAACUUUUCUUUCCUCAUAUUACAAUACUUAAAGAAAAGGGAACUAUGGGUAACAAGUAUUGCCCGUUUCUGAAUAGUGCGUAUGAGAAUCAAAGCUCGAGUCAAGGCAACACUUCAGCUCAGCACACAGGAGAGCCUGUGAUACACAGUAUUGUUUCAGCUACUUCACCAGCUAACUCUGAUAUAAUGACUUGGCAUCUCCAAUAAGAAAUUACAAUUUUGCUCUGUCAGUAUUAUAAAAAGAGACUUAAAUAAUGGACAAAUCUGGAUUCAAAUAAACCAGAAAAUAUUUGUGAAAUGUAUUUGACCCAACAACAUGUUAAACCACCCAGCAAAGGGUUACAACCCAAUGUUGGGAGAGAUAUAAGUAAAAAAAAAUGCUGGGUUAUUUUCAGCGUUGGAAUCAAAAAGGGACAAACCCAGCCCACUUGGUUGUCAUUUAAAGGAAAACACCACUGUUUUUUUAUAUUUUAUUAUGUUCUUACCUCAAAGUAGAUUAAUUAAUACAUACAUUAAGUGUACGCACUGAUCUUUAUCAAUGCACACAAUCUUUGCACAGCGCGUUGUGAAUGUGUUAGCAU